AAAAAAUGACAACCGAAAUCCCGGAGAUCUUCAGGGCUCUGCUCGAGCACCCCUUCACUCUGCCAAACUUUGAGGAUAAUGACACCGACAAGGAGAAGCUCGGCCUCGGAGAGAACGCCGACCUGGGCGGAGGAGGGAGCGACAUGGGGCCUUCGGCCGCGCUGACCCCCGCCAUCUGGGACAAGACCAUUCCCUACGAUGGCGAGACCUUCCACCUGGAGUACAUGGACCUGGAGGAGUUCCUCAUGGAGAACGGGAUCCCCACCUCGCCCGACGAGGACGCGGAGGAAGUCAACGUGGUAGAGAAAGCGAAGGUCACGGCUUCCUCGCAGUCCAAGGUUGCCAAGCCGGCGAAAGGGUCUCCGGUGACUCUGAUGCCCAUUCAGGAGCUGGACAAGUGUGACGACGAAGUGGUGAUCAUCAACAAGACGGACGCAGACGCCACGUGUGACGUUAUAACAGAGGUCACCACCUCCAAGGACAGAGUGACGCCCGACCCGAUAAACCCGGACGAGAUCGAGAUCGAUGUGAACUACGACCCCGACCCCACAGACCUGGUGCUGUCCAGCGUUCCUGGAGGGGAGCUGUUCGACCCGCGCAAGCACAAGUUCAGCGAGGAGGAGCUGAAGCCGCAGCCCAUGAUCAAGAAGGCCAAGAAGGUGUUUGUGCCCGAGGAGCAGAAGGACGAAAAAUACUGGCAGAGGAGGAAGAAGAACAACAUGGCGGCUAAACGCUCGCGGGACGCCCGCAGGCUGAAAGAAAACCAAAUCACGGUUCGGGCCGCUUUCUUAGAGCGGGAGAACGCGGCGCUGAGGUCGGAGGUCGCCGAGCUGCGGAAGGAGUGCGGCCGAUACAAGAACGUCGUGGGUCACUACGAGGCCAAGUUUGGAACCCUUGCGGUGCCAGAUGACGAGUAGGCAGCCGCCGGUUUGUUCAUUUAUUCUGGUCGAUGAAUAAAUAAGUCAUUGGUGUUCGUGGGAAGACGGCGAGGAGGAAGAGAAGACCGUUGCCAUGGAGACGCAGCGGCUUGUUAGGAUAUCACUUUUUCUGUUGUUUUUUGCUGAGAGGAAUGUGAGGAUGUUUAUUUGUACGCCACGGAUGGUGUGAUGCUUUUAUUUUGAAAGGACUUUGACUUCAGUUUCACAUAUCAGAUUGUACGACGCUCUUUCUUGUAACUUUUAGACUGUGACCUUUCCAAUAAGCUUCUUCAGGGGAUUCAAAGCUGUCUGUCUGCUACAGCGACCACGACCGGAGCCGCACUUCUGGGAGUCCGUCUGUUAGAAGUUGUAGAGUCAAACGCAUGAGCUGUAAAUACUUUAUUUUCCAGUUUUUAAUCAGAAAUGUGUUCUUUGAUACCAAUAAUCCUCCUGCCUCUUUCAUCCUGGUGCCUCAGUUUUAUUUUGUAUAUGUAUAAAAGAGGGGGGGGGGUGUCUGCUCUAAGUGUCUUUUCGUCUGACGCCAUUUCAACGCAGCGUGUCGACUUGGCGGUUAGCGGGAGCCGCUGAGGACGAGCGACGGCUUCAGCGUCGGCUGGUCAAGAAGGGAAAGCUGCUUUUCUUCUGAGGCUGUGCUUCCAUCCACGUUUUACUCUUAUCUUCUAGGAUUGUUGUGGGAAUACUCCACAGAAACCGUUUGUUUGAAUAACGCAUUACAGACUAUUACAACAAUAAGCUAACUUUUCCUAAAUAUUUCUGAAACCGAGGCCGCAUCCGCCUCCUCUCUGGAACAGGUCAGUUUUGUUAUCUUCCUAGUUUUUGUAAAGAAACUUUUUUUGUUUUCUGAGUGCGUCUGUGUACAUAAAUGUAAUAAAAGAAACGUUUGGCAGAAACGGAAAUAAAAUAUUGAUAUUCAAAGAU